AUGGUACUGAUCCCGAAGCGGCCGUCGCGGAAGAGUGCCGCCGAAAGCGCAACGCCGCCGGAGUGCCCGCCGCCCACCCCGCAGUGCCCGCCGCCCAUCCCGCAGUGCCCGCCGCCCAUCCCGCAGUGCCCGCCGCCCCCCCCGCAGUGCCCGCCGCCCACCCCGCAGUGCCCGCCGCCCAUCCCGCAGUGCCCGCCGCCCACCCCGCAGUGCCCGCCGCCCACCCCGCAGUGCCCGCCGCCCAUCCGCAGUGCCGCCGCCCAUCCCGCAUGCCCGCCGCCCACCCCGCAGUGCCCGCCGCCCACCCCGCAGUGCCCGCCGCCCACCCCGCAGUGCCCGCCGCCGCCCUCGUUAUUGAUCCUGUGCGCCCGGGCCAAAAAUGCUGAAUUGUGUUCUAGAUCCAACUGA